AUGCUCGAUAGGGCUGUAUACCACCUGCAUGAACUAUUGACGCGCGAUCUGUCCCUUGCCGCACGGAUGCAAGCCAUCAAUCCCUCUCUUGGAACUGUCGACAUCAAAAUGCUUGGGUACCCGAGAACGAUAUAUUAUUUUCGAUACCUGAUGAGCAACGGACGUGCGGGCGGCGGCUUGUUUGGCGGAGGUUUUCUUACAGUGUCUCCACUUGAGAAGAACUCUCCUGGGUUCCUGGAGACACUCAUUCUCGCUAGAGACUUUGAGUGCACAGAUCCAAGAGAUCACAUCUUUGCCCUAUGGAAUCUCGCCCGAGACAAGAGUGGCUUGGAUUUCCAGCCAGACUACACUAACUCCUACGAAGACGUCUAUACAGGCUUUUCUCAAGCUUGGAUUGAGCAGCAUGCAUCACUGGACAUACUAGGAGCAGUAGAACAUACGCCUGAUGCAGCCUCUUUCUACUCGAAAGCCCCAUCUUGGUGUCCCAACUGGAAUCUCCCAGCUACAGCAAGCUGCCUAGUGCGCAAAGAUCAAAUACCGGCACGAUCUAUGUCGUGCAUGCCUGAUCUAGGCGGCAAGCUCUACGGAGUAGACGGAGGCAUGACCCGCGAUCUCUUCGACAGUCCCAUCAUUUCUUUCGACUGCAGAACGCUACACUGCACCGGCAUCAUCAUCGACCAGAUAGGAAAGAUCUUAGACGAUGCGCCAGACAUACCAGCAGGCACUGCGCCCAAGUCCAUCUGGCGAGCCCACUUCUGGUUACACGAACUCGAGACCUACUAUCGCAAGCAAGGCCUAACAACAUACGACGAUCCUCUGCGCGCAGCUUGGGCCAUGUUUCAUGGCGACGGUACAGCCGCAUGGCCACCUGCAACUGAGAGCGGAUACAGUCCCAAUCAAUAUCCGCCAAACGUUCCAUACAUCUGCCUUCCAAAGUUGUCUCGCCAUGUACCUACAUUCGCGGCCUCAUACGAUCCCAUCGAGGCUCGGACCGCCGCCGAUUGGGUCCUGCGCGGCCGCAGACCUUUCUUCACCGAGAAUGGGUACAUGGGUCUUGCGCCUGCUUAUCUAUCUGAACCUGAGCAUGAUAACGGUGCGGUGUUGCACAUUGCGGUGGUGCUCGGAUGUUCUGUGCCGUUGCUACUGCGAGACAGGGACGACGGCACGUAUCAGCUUGUCGGCACGUGCUUUGUGCAGGGCUGGAUGGAUGGAGAGUGGAUGGAAACAAUGAUGGGGGUAGAGAGCCCAAAGGAAUUCUGGGAUGCUGUGCAAGAUGGAGCAAAGUUGGCGAUUACAUGA